AUGCCGAAGUCAAAGAAACGCGUCUCUCCACCUCUUGUUGAUAUGUCCUAUUUGGACCUGAACAACCUAGACUUGGACCGUGCCUACAGUCUUCAAGAGUUCGAAUACAUCAGUGAACAACUCAAAACUCGUCCCAUAAAAGUUAAAGAAGAGUUUGUUUAUCACUUUGAGCGAGACAAAGCGGGCAAGCUUGUGCCUAUGGCACCCACGAUCAUUUACAAAGAAGCUGUUGUCGCAGAAAUUGCACGUCAACUUGGUAACUGGAAUGUUUGGACUAAACAGGGUGGGGUUGUGACAACCUCCCAAGGAGGUUUCAAAUUCGGUAGUGGUAGUGGUGAGAUCAGAAUACCAGACGUGGCUUUUACAUCAAAAGAGAUUUGUCACAGGUUAUCAAACAGGCAAAUUUGGACUUUUCAAGGUGAGGCGUUUAGUCCCACAGUUGUCGUAGAAGUGGAUGACUUUGAUAAUAUUCAAGGGUCAAAAUUUCGUGAAAUGGAUUCAAAGUUUAAAGACAUUUACUUUGCACGAGGUACAUCUGUCAAGAUCGGUCUUUUGAUUGAUCCAAAGAAUCAUCACAUCUGGCUGUAUAGACGAAAUGCUGGCACCAAUGUUGUUAGACGAAGGAAAAGUCAGUGGCAGAACUUGGUUUUAAAUGAUAUCCUUCCAGGCUUUACUUUGCUCGUAGAUCAACUGGAAAUUGAACCACUUGUGAAUCCUGUGACAUCAUCAUCGCCAAUGUCAACAGAAUCAACACAAUCAUCAGAAAAAGAGGCAGGAAGAUUGCAAUUUAGAUGUCCUUAUCCUUCAUGUGAAGAGACAUUUGAAAGCAUUUACCUUACAAUUGAACAUGCUGCACAUCAUUGA